GAGGGUAAGUAAUAAAUAACAGAAUUUUCAUUUUUGGGUGAACUAACCCUUUAAUGUUUUCAAGCCAUGCAAUCGAUUGAGUAGGCUAGCCAUUUAUUUCGAAACAUAAUAAAAGGUACAAGGUAUAUAAUUUAUGUCCGCUAGAGGUCGCUAGAGGCCUAUUCAAAACAAAGGCGUAGUUUGAUGACACCAAGUUUAAGCGUGGAAUCUUGAGACAUGUGGUCUUCUUCACAUCACAGCCGGUGAAAACAAUCGGGAUAGGACUCAGGAAGAAAUCAUGUUCAUGGAUGCGAUUAUCAAUGUUAGUAUGAAGCACAGCAGGACUGAGUGUUGUGGGAGCUGCUGUGUACUCACCAUUCUGCUCUACUGUCCAAAUCCAUGCCUCUGUUUUAAUACUCAGUGUUUUAUAUACUCACCUGUCUGAUCCCCUCAAUUGUGUGAAACCGACUAGUCUAAUUCAAAUAUGGUCGACUAAGACUUUUCUCCUCAACUAAUGUUUGGUAAACUGUUAGGGGGCAGCCCUAAAUUAUAAUAAAAGAGAAAAUGCAAAUCAAUGAUCAUUAAACUUGUUAUAAUCUGGCAUCUAUUUGAUUGUAUUAACAAGGAUAUGACAGAACUAACCUUUGGCAUAUCAAAUAUCUGAUCAGAUGGAAGUGAAAGAGCAAAGACAAGAACUGAAUGAAAUUGAGGAACAUUGCGAAUUCAAAACUCAAAAGAGUUUUUCAUUGCCAGAAAAAAGUAAACGGCAAAAGAAAACACGUGGCAAAGUGAGAGCUCAUGUGUGUUUGGAGUGUGGAAAGAACUUUUGUUCAGCUUACAGUCUGACCCAACACCAAAGAAUUCAUACUGGAGAAAAACCUUACAAGUGCUCAUCUUGUGACAAGAGAUUCAAUCAGUCUGGAACUCUGAAAGAACAUGAGCGAGUUCAUACUGGAGAGAAGCCGUACCACUGUACUCAGUGUGAGAAGAGUUUCAAAUGUCGUACCAGCCUCAAACAUCAUCAUCUGCGUGUUCACUCUGUAGAAAAGCCAUUUAGCUGUGAUCAGUGUGGUAAAGAUUUUAUUUCAUCAUCAAAUCUAAAACAACACCUGAAAAUUCACAUAAACGAAAGGCCUUAUGCGUGUUCAUUUUGUGGAGCCUUUUUUACGCGGCAGGAUCAUUGUAAACAACACCAGAAAAAACACACUGGUGAGAAAGAUCAUGUGUGUUUGGACUGUGGGAAGAGCUUUACUAGAGCUGACAAUCUGACACAGCACCGAAGAAUUCAUACUGGAGAAAAACCUUACAAGUGCUCAUAUUGUGACAAAUGUUUUGCUCAGUCUCCACACCUAAAAUUGCAUCAGCGAAUUCAUACUGGAGAGAAGCCGUACUACUGUACUCAGUGUGAGAAGAGUUUUAGAUGUCCAAAAAGCUUUCUCAGGCACAUGAGGAAACUUCAUAAGUGGUCUCAGUGAGCAACAUUUCAUUUUCAUGUCAAAUACAUUCAAGUAAAUGGUGUGAGAUGAACAAAAUCUGGAUUUGCGAAUGUUGUGAAUUUGGUGAAAAGCUUAGAAAACUAGAAAGACUUGUUUAUAGUCUGAUUAAGGAACUAAAAGAGUGGUGUUUGGUGAAUUUUUACAGUUUCUCAGCCACAACCUGUGUGUGUGUUACUUUGAGAGAGCAAACAUACAUCUGUGUUGUUUUAUUUGUUUAUUUAUUUAUUUAUUUUUUGCAUUGGUCAUUUGUUACGUCCCACAUUAGUCAUAUGAGUCUAUUGGCAGAUGCAACUAAAAAACAAGUAUUUUAAAGAGCGUUGGUCUGAGUCCUGCCACAGCACCACAAGCAAUAAAUUGCCAUAAAGAUUUUUAUUUGACAGCUCAUGGAACAAAUACAAAAAGGUAUUGUAAUAAAAUAAAAAGAAAAGGGAAACAAUAGCUUUAGGAGAGGGCAAGGCCAAAAUAAUAAACAAAAAGCAAUCUAACUGGAUAAUUUAAACCUCUAACUAAUUCAACAAAGAAAAGAAAAUAAUCAAUUGUACCCCAAUCCCUUCCUGGCCCCAAAACGGAGAAAACAGGGUACAACAAAAAUGGCAUCCACCUCCCUACACAGCUUCCAAAUAAAAAAAAAAUGCAAAUAUUAAAGUAACUGAUAAACUUAAUGUUAACAACAGCAAUAAACCAAAAAGAUAGACAGAACUGAUAAAGAUGAGGGGUAGUAUGAAGCUCCACACUUCACAUAAUCGCAUCUUUUGCUCACUCAAAUUCGUUAAUUCAAAUGCGGUGCAUUUUCCAGGCGCAUAGAGAUGAAACAUUCUCAGCUUUUCAGAAUGCCGCAAGUGCACCGCAGGUCAUGUGAUAAGAACCAACCAAUCAGAUUUUGCCUUUACAUAACAAAACAUCAAAAGCUCAGUCGAACAGUUGAUCACAGCUGUACAGGGUGUUUUUUCUAUCUCAUCUAUCAUAAAUAUAUCUAGAAGUAAAGCUAAUGCAAGGGCUAGAAAUCAACGUAUCCUUUGCUGAAACUUCCUCAUCGUCGUGGAGAGCACAGUUCAUGGUUGCAUAAGCAACAACAGACAAAAUUUGAUUUCAUGUAAUCGUUAUUCUUAUUUGAUUUUCAUAAUUGAACCAUUUUAUUAUUAUUCAUGUCACUUAUUAUUUUACUUAGUUUCUUGCUCUUGCAAUGCUUGCCAUUGUUGUUUAAUCCCAUUAUAGUGUAAUUGCAAAGGAUGUUUGUCUUCAUGGGUAUGUUAAAUCAUUUAGUUAGUUAGUUGACUCUGUCAGAGUAUAAUUGUUGUGGAAAUGUGAAUGUAUGCAGAGCGGCCUACGAACUCCUUGUGAGACUUGAAGCUGGCUUCUGCUGAUGAAACUGCAAACUAUUCUUCAGUAAAAUUUAUUCAAUUGAUUGCAUCUCUGACUCCUGGUCUUUCACUCCACAUAUAUGGUCAAGGUCCUA